GCCCGGGCGCCCGGCCGCGACCGGGCUCGGAAGCGGGUAGACCUGAUCGCGCAGAGGAGCCGGCUAGGCCUGGGCGCCCGGCCGCGACCGGGCUCGGAAGCGGGUAGACCUUCUAGCCCGGAGGAGCCGGCCCGGGCGCCCGGCCGCGACCAGGCUCGGAAGCGGGUAGACCUGAUCGCGCAGAGGAGCCGGCUAGGCCUGGGCGCCCGGCCGCGCCCGGGCUCGGAAGCGGGUAGACCUGAUUACCCGGAGGAGCCGGCUACACCCGGGCUCCGUCUGCCGGGACGCGGCGAGGGCGUCUACCCGCUGGAACUCCGAGACCAGGUCUACCCGUUGAGCGUAGGCACCAGGUCUACCCGCCGGGCACGGACACCAGGUCUACCCUUAAAACAAGGACACCAGGUCUACCCGCUGGAACGAGACACCAGGUCUACCCGUCUGACUCGGGCACCAGGUCUACCCGCCGGGCACGGCUACCAGGUCUACCCCUUGGACACCGAGACCAGGUCUACCCGCUGGGACAGGAGACCAGGUCUACCCGUUAACCUCGGGCAGCAGGUCUACCCGCAAGGCACGGAGAGCAGGUCUACCCUUAAAACAAGGGCACCAGGUCUACCCGCUAAAACCAGAGACCAGGUCUACCCGCAAGACACGGACACCAGGUCUACCCCUUGGACACCGAGACCCGGUCUACCCGCUAAAAAGAGAGACCAGGUCUACCCCCCACAGCAGCUGCGGGCAGCGGGAGGGAAUAAGCUUCUCCUCGCCUCGGCUUUCCCGCGUGCCCUGCCAUCUCCGCCGCUCGCCGGCGACGGGGGCUUGCGUCUCAGCGGCGGCGGCGGCGGCGGCGGCGGCGAGGUUUUCCCCCCGGAGCCUGUCGUCCUUAGGGGUCUUUUGCUCUUCUUCCCGGCGGGAACUCCUCCCUCGGCUCGCUUCGUCGGCAGGGCAAGAGCCCACCGGGCUCGGAGACUAGGUCCAUCCGGCAGGGGGUCCGAAGUCGGGGAGGCUGGGAAGCUCUGGGCCCCUUGCCGGGAGCAGGUCCACCCGGGGGGCAACGGCGGGCCCGGGCCCCGGCGCCCGGGUUCCGAGGGCCCUUGCCGGGAACAGGUCCACCCGGGAGGCAACGGCGGGCCCGGACCCCGGCGCCCGGGUUCCGAGGGCCCUUGCCGGGAACAGGUCAACCAGGGAGCGCCCGAGUUCCGAAGGAGCCCCGCCGGGGAAAAGGUCUACCCCGAACCGAAGGAGACGGCGGGCGCGGGCCCCGGCGCCCGAGUUCCGAGGGCCUCCGCGGGGAAAAGGUCUACCCCGAAGGAGACGGCGGGCGCGGGCGCCGGCGCCCGAAUUCCGAGGGCCUCCGCCGGGGAAAAGGUCUACCCCGAACCGAAGGAGACGGCGGGCGCGGGCCCCGGCGCCCGAAUUCCGAGAGCCUCCGCCGGGGAAAAGGUCUACCCCGAACCGAAGGACGGGGUGGCCGCGGUCCCCGGCGCCCGAGUUCCGAGGGCUACUGCCGGGGAAAAGGUCUACCCCGAACCGAAGGAGACGGCGGGAGCGGGCCCCGGCGCCCGAGUUCCGAGGGCCUCCGCCGGGGAAAAGGUCUACCCCGAACCGAAGGACGGGGCGGCCGCGGUCCCCGGCGCCCGAGUUCCGGGAGCCUCCGCCGGGGAAAAGGUCUACCCCGAAGGCGACGGCGGGAGCGGGCUCCGGCGCCCGAAUUCCGAGGGCCUCCGCCGGGGAAAAGGUCUACCCCGAAGGCGACGGCGGGAGCGGGCUACGGCGCCCGAGUUCCGGGAGCCUCCGCCGGGGAAAAGGUCUACCCCGAACCGAAGGAGACGGCGGGAGCGGGCCCCGGCGCCCGAGUUCCGGGAGCCUCCGCCGGGGAAAAGGUCUACCCCGAACCGAAAGACGGGGCGGGCGCGGUCCCCGGCGCCCGAGUUCCGGGAGCCUCUGUUGGGGAAAAGGUCUACCCCGAACCGAAGGAGCCGGCGGGCGCGGGCCCCGGCGCCCGAGUAUCCGAGGGCCUCCGUCGGGGACAAGGUCUACCCCGAAGGCGACGGCGGGAGCGGGCUCCGGCGCCCGAAUUCCGUGGGCCUCCGCCGGGGACAAGGUCUACCCCGAACCGAAGGAGACGGGGCGGGCGCGGUCCCCGGCGCCCGAGUUCCGGGAGCCUCCGCCGGGGAAAAGGUCUACCCCGAAGGCCCCGGCCUCGGCGCCCAGGCUCUAAGUCCCCCCGCCGGCGAGACCAGGUCUACCCGGCAGGCGAAGCAGCCCGAGCCUCGGCGCCCGGGCUCUAAGUCCCCUCGCCGGCGAGACAGGUCUACCCGUCAGGCGGGGCAGCCCGAGCCCCGGCGUCUGGGCUCUAAGUCCCCCAGCCGGCGGGACCAGGUCUACCUCACGCUAGGCAGCCCGGUCGGGCGCUCCCGCCCUAAGUCCCUUGGCGUGCCACCCUCCCGACCCGCCUCGCCCUGCCGGGGCCGAACCCCGGCCCCCGCCGCCCCGCCCGCGCGCGCCGGGGGUAGGGACGGAGCCGCCUCCGUCCCGCACCGUCCCUGCGCGCAGAGGGGGCGCCGAAGGGCCACCACGUCAACCGGCCGGCGGGUAGACGACGGCGGCAGGACCCCCGCGCCACGCGGCCGGAGGCCCCGCCCGCCGCCGCCACCGCCCGAGCGGCUCGGGCCCAGCGCGCCCCUUCGGCCCCCCGCCCCGCGUGUCGGGCUCGAGACCCGCGCGGAGGAAAGGCCGGGCGCGCUCCCCGGCGCCGGGCGGCGCGAGGCGGGAAGGAGGGCGGUCGCCGCCGCGGCGCCGCGGCCUCGGAACCCCCCCGCCCCGCGUAUCGGGCCUUGGACCCGCGCGGAGGGAAGGACCGGCGACCGCCACCGUCGCCCUCGUCGGCGGGCCGCGCGUUGGCGCGCGCGCUCGCGCUGCCUGCGCUCCUCUUCCCCGGUGGAUCUCUCUCGCCUUUCCGGGCCCGACCCCCGAGACCCCGCGUACCGGGCCUUGGACCCGCGCGGAGGAAGGCCGGGCCGAGCGCGGCCCGCGCUCGCGCGCGCACGCACGCGCGGCGCCGGGGCCCCCCGCGGGCGCCCGGCGAGCGUGUUGCGGAUCGAGCGAAGGAGCGAUCGAGCGGACAAAAGCUUGUGUCGAGGGCUGAUUCUCAAUAGAUCGCAGCGAGGGAGCUGCUCUGCUACGUACGAAACCCCGACCCAGAAUCAGGUCGUCUACGAAUGA